CUUAUUUGAGUGUAAAUUCAUCAACAAACCGACAACUUCAUAUGUAAAAACUACAGAAUCUAAGAACAUAAGACCUCAAGAUGUUGUCGAUCAACUUAACAAAAGCAAUAAAGGAUCGCCUAUUACCUUCUCUGGAGGUAUGCAAUGGAAACGCUAAGAUGAUCAGGUGUUGGGCUUCAAUCGUAGCUCCUUAUUUGAUAGAUUUGUAUACAACAUAUUGUUCAUUCCACGAAAAAUCCAAUCAACUUUACACUUACUUAGAAAACAUCUCACUUAAAAAAGCUAGUUUACUACAAGGAGGUGAUGGAUUAAGUGAGAUAUCAGAACGAAACAGUUAUUCUACAGGAUUACUCAAGAUUCAUUUGAAUACACCUGUUCAACGCAUUCAGUGCUAUCAUUUAUUAGUGGGUAGACUUAAAAAAGAGGCGAACAUUUCUGACAUCAAAGCCAUGGAUGAUGCCCAAAAAAUACUAAGGGGAAUGUGCGAAACGCUGAACGUGACAAUCAAUCUUUGGGGUCUAACGAUUAGACCAUCAAAGCUUGGAAAAUUUUUAUUGGAAGGUGAUUUCACUGUAACUCAUACCAACCAAUCUAUAAAGUGCAAAAAGCAGUCACAUGUAAUCCUUUUCAGCAGGAGGUUGUUAUUUACAAAAUGUUCAACCUCUGUGAAGAAAUGUCUUACAAAUGUAAAAAGUUAUCAACAGUAUCAGUUUCCAUGUUUAGAAGAUUUUAUGAGAUUCUUCGAAUUUUCUCACAAUAUCAAUCUAAUGUCUAACAAGAUAGUAUACGAAGUUGAAGGAGAGUUAUGUCUUCGUCAUAUCGGAUUAUCCUCGAAUUCAGAUAACAAUGAUACUGACAACCGAUAUUUUUCCUUAUUCACUGAAAAUUAUACUUCCAUACAUCACUUUAAAUCAGUUAAUACAUCAAUCAAACAAAUUUGGGUAGAUACUAUCAAACAUUUACUAAUGAAUCAAUUACACCAAUUACGAAAUAAAAGAAAGUUAUAUUUACAAAUGAUGCUCACUAAACAGGAAGCAAUUUUAAGUAAUUAUCAAAUUAUAAAUCCUGGGAUUAAUUCAAGUUUCAAAUCAUUUGAAAUAUCUCAACAACAACAAAAACAACAACAGCAACAAAUGAAGAGGAGAAAUGAAAUUAAGAAUAAGAAAUGACUAAAAAGUAUUUCAUUGUGAACAAAAUGAUUCAUUUAUUCCCUCAAUAUUUAGUCAUGAGUAUUUUAAUCGAACUCUACAUACGUUCUAGUUGAUAUCUCGAAGUAAAUUCAAUAUUACUUGUUUGCAAAUGUAAAAGUCUGUAAAUGAAGACUGUUUAAAAUGGCCUCACAAAACAUUCAAG